AUGUCGGACAAUGAAUCUACUGGUGGUGGAAAGCGUGGAAGUGUCUAUGGGAAGAAGAAGACAUUCUCCAAAAAUACGGAAGCCUACAAGAUACUUCAGAAGAUGUUUGAAGAUGGUCUCAUCUCACCUACCGACAAACCCUCUGAUGUCCGGCUAUCGAAGACAGAAUUUCAGGAGUACUCCGUGACACAAUUUCGAUCUCAGUUCAACAAAAUGAAAACUCUUAUUGGUGUUACUACCAAGGAAGCCUACAAAAAGAUGAUGGAAAAGGAGAAGAAGCCUACUGUUGGUCCACCCAAUGACACUAUGCCGCCUUCUGACAAUGAAGAAGAGGAGGCCGUGGAAGAUUACUGUGCCGAUCAUUCACUCCUUUGGCAGCCGAAAAAGCUUGUGGCAUGCUGGCAAAACAGGCACGGUGUCAAGCAUGUGUCUAUGAUAUUUCAUCUCACUGGUGGAGCUGCCGACACGGAUACCAAUGCUGUGGAGUGCGGAGUUACUGAUAAUGGCAUGGAGUUCAUUAUCUCUGAGCUUUGGAGCGAGACUAUUGAGAAGAUUGAUGAGUUCUACCUUCUCUUUCCUCGCCAUCAAGAUGAGACAGAGGAUGAGUUCAAGCGCCGACAGUAUGCAAUGGAGGAUCUCAUCCGUCCUCAUUGUGCUAGUGGCAGGCGAAUGAGAUCUACAUUCAAGUUUACACUACCUAUCAAGGUUGAUCCCAAAUCAAUGCGUGUGAGGUAUGCUGGCACAAACGAUGGCACUAGGAUUUGCCAUGUGGAUUUAGCUGAACGUUUGAAGAAGGAAGUGCAACAGGUUGUCAUGUUGGAUCGGGGACGUGGGCGUGGUUUGAAGAGGCCUCAUCAAGGUGAUGACAAUGGCAAAUGGUCCGAACUGGCCAAAUAAGUUCUGCCGCUCCACUGCAGAAACUCAAC